GUCUCCUGUUGACGUAUAAUGAAACGAAACUGUCAGCCGUCUUCUGGGUCUGACAGCAUUUUCCAUUAUAAUAUAAAAAUUUCGUUGUAUUACGAGUUUAUUUAAGGCAAGAAUAUGUGGUCCGACACUCUGCUAAUCGUAUUCAUCUCGGUUUGCACUGCAUUCCUUGGAGAAGGAUUAACGUGGUUAAUGGUUUAUCGUACAGAAAAGUACCAAAAGCUGAAAGGUGAAGUUGAGAAGCAAAGUAAAAAGUUAGAAAAACGGAAAGAAACUCAUGGAGAUUCUUUGGACAAAUCUCACAAAAAGAAAAUUGAACGAGACGAGGAAAAACUGAAAAACAACAAUCGCGACCUGUCCCUAGUCAAGAUGAAGUCGAUGUUUGCCACUGGGUUUGCCUUCACGGCAUUGCUGAGCAUGUUCAAUAGCAUUUUCGACGGACGUAUCGUGGCGCGUUUGCCAUUCACCCCGAUUUCCUGGAUUCAAGGACUUAGCCAUCGUAACCUGCCCGGUGACGAUUACACCGAAUGUUCGUUCAUCUUUCUCUACAUUCUGUGUACGAUGUCCAUCCGCCAAAAUAUCCAAAAACUGCUUGGAUUUGCUCCAUCGCGAGCUGCUAGCAAACAAGCCGGCGGGCUGUUUGGACCAACGCCAGGCCAAUUUAAAUAGAUUGGUAAUAACUGCUAUCUAGUUUCAAGGUACAACAAAGCUGCUGGGAGGAGUCAAAGAUUUAAAGUUAAACCAGUUAGAAACGAAAACAUGAGUUAACUAGUUCUAUGUUUCUGAACUUCAAUCCAUUUAUUUAUUAGACCAGAUCGAAGCAUUUUAUGAUGCAGAAGUGCUAUUUUUUAAUCAUAAAUUAACAAUCACUCAUCCUGUAGUCACGUUUCUUACUGAUCAUACAUCAAGAACAAAUUAACCUUACUUUAGCGUAUGGAACAAACAAA